CCAGCUUUAGACUUCACUAGAGAUAGUGCUGUGUGCCUCGAAACUUCAGUGUCAUAAAAAGCACUUCUUCUAUUUAGAGCUUUUGGUUACAAUCGUUGCUAUCAAUAAAUUGGUUGAGGUGUAGAAACUAACAAUGAGUAGUUUAUAUAACCAUCGAAAUCAGAUUUUGCUGGAAUCUAUAGCAAUAUGAAGAGCACAUUACAAUUAUUUGAGGUUUUACUACUAAUGUGCGUGAUUGCAAUCCAUGGAUUUGAUCCUCAUUUUAAUCCUUAUAUGCAGGUGCAGGUGUGUUUGGUGCUGAUGAAGAUGAAGUGAAGUCAGUGUCAGUGAUGGAGGGAGAUUCUGUCACUCUGAACCCUGAUCCUGAUCAAAUACAGGGAUUUAUUCAGAUACUAUGGAGGUUUGGAGAUCCAGUCAUUGCUCAAAUCAAUAGAAAAGUGACCUCCUAUCCCAGUUACACUGAUAUAUUCAGUGGCAGACUGCAGCUGGAUCAGACUGGAUUUCUCACAAUAAACAACAUGAGAAUUAAACACUCUGGACUUUAUAAAAUAGAGGUCAUUAAAAAAGCUGUGAUUUCAAAUAUAAAAUUCACAGUUACUGUCUAUGAGUCACCAUCUGCUGUUGAUGCUGGUGUAACUGACAUGAAGCUCAUGUCAGUGAAAGAGGGAGAUCCUGUCAUUCUUCAGACUGGCGUUCCUCAACUAACCGGAGAUAUGCUGAUAGUGUGGAGGUUUGGAGAUGAAGGAAAACUCAUAGCUAAACAUGAUAUAGAGGCCAAAAGCUCACCAUUAUAUGAUGAGAGAUUCAGAGACAGACUGAAGCUGAAUGAUCAGACUGGAUCUCUGACCAUCACAAACACCAGAACAACCGACUCAGGACACUAUAAAGUGAAAAUCAGCAGCAACAAACAGACCUUAUACCAGAAAUACAUUGUUACUGUCAGUGAACCAGGUCUGUCUCCAGCAGCUGUAGCAGGGAUUGUUGUUGCAGGGAUUGCUGUUCUCCUGGUGAUUGGUUUGAUUUACCAUCGCCAAACGAUCGCAGAACUAGCAAAGAUAGUGUCAGGAGUGGAGGGAGAAGAUGUCGAACUAAAAACUGGUGUUACUAAAAUACAGACAAGUGAUCUGAUAGAGUGGAAGGGUGGAAAUAAAGACAAUCUCAUUGCUCAAAUCAAAGAAGGGACUAUCACUUCAUAUGAGGAUGUUCUUUAUGGGAUAUUCAGAAACAGACUAAAGCUGGACAUGAAGACUGGAUCUCUGACCAUCAACAACCCCAGAAUUGAACACACUGGACCCUACAAGUUUCUGAUCAACGAGAAAUGCAAGAAGAGAUUUAUUGUUUAUAUCAAAGUGAGGACACUGACAGUGAAGGAGAAUGAUUCUGACACUCUAGAGACUAAAACUGAAAUACAGACCGGUGAUGAGAUACGGUGGAUGUUUGGAGAUAAAGAUGCUCUCAUAGCUGAAAUCAAAGGAGAGACCAGAGAGGUGACUACAUAUGAUGGUCCUGAUGGGAGAUUCAGAGACAGACUGGAGCUGGACAUGGCGAAUGGAUCGCUGACCAUCAAAAACAUCACAGCUGAUCACGCUGGAAUCUAUAAACUACUGAUCCUCAGCUCAGGAAGUACCUUGUGCAGUAAAUUCUUCAUUUAUGUCAAAGAAUCCACAGGGAGUGAGUGAAUAAAUCAGCGAGUGUGAAGCCACUGAUGAAUGGAGAGAAUGUGGAUGAAGUUAAUGAGGAGGGGAGGAGAUCACUUUAAUAACAUAAGACCCGCCCACCAGUGUCAAUCACUCUGACAUCAUCAGCAAUUAUAUAUACAGUAUAUUAUAAAUAUUAAAUAUUAUUAUAUUAGUUUUACAUAAUAAAUUACAUGUGUUAUCCAGUUUAAUUUAAAUAAUUCAAUGAAUUAGGUCUGGAUGUCAGAUUGUAUAUGCAACCCGAAUUUAUAGUGCCUUUGUUUGCAUGCUAAUGUAUGAAUGUGUUGGUUUUAUUGAUUUCCACUAAAGCGUCUGAUUAUCUCCUGAUAAUUAUCCCCAUGAGCUUCAAGACUGCUUCAGUGUUGUGUUUUAACACGAGUUUGGUUAAACGCUGAGCAGUAUUCAUCAGGUUUUGUUCACACAAAUGCUGAAUCUUCAGAAAAAUCAAAAUUAUUGUUGUAUUACCUGUGGUUGUCUUGCUGAAAAGCUUUUCAUUUGGUGAUUCAAAAAUCCCUUGACUGUU